AUGAUUGGUCAUACUUCUUCUGGCUCUCUCAAUACAAGCACUGGUAUUCUUUGCACUCCCUCGACUGUUCCUGUAUCUCAUUCUGGUUUUCAUGCCAAUGCUCGGCCCUCUGGUUUUAUGUCUACUUCUUUCGGUAAAGGACGGUUUUCUGGUAAUCGAUCUUUUCCUCCUUGUGGAGUUUUCAAGGCUACAGACCGUCUUAGGGUGGUUUCCCAAAGACUGCACUCAACCUCAUUGUCUGUUAUUGAGUGUCAAAUAUGUGGGAAAUGUGGUCAUGGUGCUUUGGAUUGCUUUCAUCGCUCAAACUACGUGUAUCAAGGUUCCUCUCCUCUUGAGUCUCUCAUUGCAAUGAUAGCUCAGACCUCAUUUUCUUCUGAGACAUUCUGGAUAGCGAAUAGUGGUGCCAGUCAUCACAUGGUGCCCACUGUGGAUCAAUUGGAUUCUGUAACUUCAUAUACUUCUGUAGAUCAAGUUACUAUUGGCAAUGGGGCAGGUUUGCAGAUUGCUCACAUUAGCCAUACCAAUCUUUCUAGUGGCACUUCUAAACUAAAUUUACAUAAUGUUUUCCAUGUUCCCCAGCUUACUACUAAGCUUCUGGGCAGGAGCAAUAAAGGCAUAUAUCCUAUACCUGGUGCCGUUCCUCCAGUCAAUUCUUCUACUCUAGUUAAUGGUUCCUUUUCUCUAGCUAUUGCGUAUGUGGGCCAGCAAAUCAAAUCAUUUGUGUGGCAUAGUAGGUUAGGGCUUCUUACUAAUGAGUGUCUUCAAACUGAUGGGGAUGAGAGCUUAUGA